AUGUCUCCCGACAUCAACUCGCUGCCGCCGUCAUCGGCUGCAAACAUCCCACUUCAACAAAGACCGCGCCGCGUGUCUAUCACCACCUCUGACGCUUCCCUCGCCCGCCCUCCCUCCCCACGAUCCCCCUCUCUGUCAUCGCUACAGGCGGCAGCAACGAUCAACGCCGGCCUACAACGCUCGCCAAGCAACAGCUCUCCGGGAAACCGUGGCCCCGGUCUGGACAGAAGACGAUCUAGCCUCAUGAACAACCUCUCCAUCAACGACCCCACGACGCCCGGGCCCGGCGAACUACAGCAGUGCAAUGACAGCAAUAGGAGUAGUCCCCGGCUAGGAAGGAGGUCGAUCGCAUAUGGGACCGCAGAUCCCCACCACCAGCGCCAGCCGAGUCUGGGUGAGAUUCAUCAAGAGCUCGAGAAUGAACAGGAAGCACAAGUGAAUCGGCUGCUGCACAUGAUUCGCAUCCAGCAAGACCAAAUUGCGCAGAUCCAGAGACAACAGUCGCAGAGCCAGCCGGAUGCCUCGCCCGCCUCACCUGCGCUCCCCUCUCCAUCUUCCACGCUGAACACUCCCGCCACAAGUACCAACCACGUCGACAAUCCAUCUCCGCGCCGCUCCUCCAUCCCCGGGCUCCCUGCGUCGUACUCUCAUAUCAAUCGGCCCCACUCCCUCUCCCGACAAUCCUCCGCCCGCAUGUCGAAUGCCGGCACCAACAGUCAUAGCGGCUCGCCUGCACUACGCCCAGCCUCGGGUACUCUUGGGUCUUUGAAUGAAGACUUCUUCCUGGGCGGCACGCGGGAUGAGACUGCCUUCUAUCAAGCGGAGACGCAGAUGUUGACCCGCGAGAAUCAGAUGCUGAAGCAGCGAAUACGCGAUCUGGAGCGUCAGAUAUCCGACUUGAGCGGAUCGUUCAUCCCUACCGGUGGCAUUGUAGGUGGGCAUGCACACAGCCCCGCACAACAUUCCCCGCUCUCGACCACACCGGCCACAUUCGCCGGAGAAUCGAGGGCAGGCCUGGUCGCCCACAUCGAGCCAUCCACGAAACCCUGA